AUGGCUCAGACACCGGCAGUUCCGGCUGCGCUCCUUUUCUUCCUGAUCAGUCUGGUUGAAGGGCACGCUUACAAUGUGGUGAGCGUGGAGACUGGACAGGAGGCUGUGUUGAGGUGCCCUUACGCCUCCAAGAUUUCUUUGCUAAUGGUGACUUGGAAGAUGAAAUGCAGCACUUGCUGCUUGUUUGCCUAUAGGAGUGAUCUCAAUGAGACAAGCAGGUUAAACUGCAGUGAGAGGACGACGUGGAAAUAUUCACCUGACACUGACCCUGCUCUUCGAAUUCACCCUGUGAACCUUGGUGAUGAGGGGAAUUACACCUGUGAAGUCACCAGCAGUGAAGGGAAUUUUCUUUUUUCCUCUUCUCUGACUGUGAUAGUCCCUCCUACAGUGACUCUGACCAGUGACAAGAGCAGGGUGGCUGUCUGUCAAGCAGCUGCUGGAAAGCCAGCUGCUGCUAUCUCCUGGAUCCCUGCAAGUAAUCACAGCACCGAGGAAGAAGUCCAUCACCCCAGCGGAACAGUGACCAGAGUGAGCUACAUAGGCUGGGUCAACAGCACGCUUCGCAGUGUCACCUGCCUGGUUACCCACCCAGCUGCAAACCAGACUCUGUCCCUAGACCUGCCAUGCCCCUCCUCCAGGCUUCCCUAUUUCCUGAUAGGAGGAUGUGCAAGUGUUGUUGCUGUCAGUGGUGUGACUUUAUGCUUGAUUUUCAAGUGCAGAGGUAAGUCAUUUGAUGAGCCUGAAAUGUAUUGCAAUUCCUUUUCCGACUAUGUGCAGACUAAGGACUUCAGGUCCAUGCCAUCAUUGGAGAGAACAGAUGUGGUUGAGCCUCCUGUCUUAUCAGAGUCUAUCUAUCAGAAUUACAAUCGAAGAAUGACAUAUAUAUAG